ACUAUUUUCGUUGGAACCGCUCAAAAGGAAUACGCACAGCUUUGGUUAAACAAAUGGAGUAAUUUUUUAUUAAAAUUUGCGUUGAAUUCAACUACGCAUAAUUCAGACGUGAGAAUGAUGAUGCCAUUAUCAUUCAUCCGUAAGUCUAAAUUGAACGCUAAUGGAAGUGACGAAACCAAUCCAAGCCUAGCACCGCCUCUCCCUUUCUCCGCCCGCGCGCACCGCAUUUCAUUCGCACCGCAUUCCUGCUUCAACUUUGCCACAAAUUACCACCCAUGAUUUCGUCCACAUCAGUCCAGUCAACUCCCGCCGCGCAAUCUGCAGCCGCCGGAGCCUCGCGGCUCCUCCACAGCAAUGUCCACCACCUAUCAUUCUUCUUGCCGCUUCAGCACCACCACCGGCAUUCCCGCCGCCAGAGCCUUCGCAUCCGUGCAAUCGACGCCGCGCAGCCCUACGACUUGGAGGCGCGCCUGGUCAAGCGCUUGAAUCAGUCCACCAGACUCAAAAUCGCCAUUAUUGGGUUCGGAAACUUCGGCCAAUUCCUCGCCAAGGCGUUAAUCCGCCAGGGGCACACAGUUUACGCGCACUCAAGGUCUAAUUACCGCUUGAUUGCCGAAUCAAUCGGCGCCGGUUUCGUCCCCGAUCCUCACGAUCUCUGCGAGCAGCACCCUGACGUCAUGUUGAUCUGCACCUCCAUUAUUUCGACGGAAUCCGUGCUCAGAUCCUUGCCCCUCCAGCGCCUAAGGCGGAAUACUCUGUUUGUUGACGUUUUGUCAGUCAAAGAAUUUCCGAAGAAUAUAUUCCUCCAAGUUCUGCCACCUCAUUUCGAUAUUCUCUGCACGCAUCCGAUGUUUGGACCGGAGAGUGGGAAGCACAGUUGGCAGAAUUUGCCAUUUGUGUUUGAUAAGGUGAGGAUUGGGGCUGAAGAUUCGCGGCUGGCUAGGGUUGAGAAUUUCUUGGAUAUUUUCAGGAAUGAAGGGUGUAGGAUGGUGGAGAUGAGCUGCGAGGAGCAUGAUAGGUACGCCGCAGGGACGCAGUUCAUCACACACACGACGGGGAGGAUUCUGGAGAAGCUGCAGUUGGAGAGCACGCCGAUCAACACAAAAGGAUAUGAAACUUUGCUGGAUUUGGUGGAGAACACGGCCGGUGAUAGUUUUGAUCUGUAUUAUGGGCUUUUCAUGUACAAUGAGAAUGCGAUGGAGCAGUUGGAGAGGCUGGAUUUGGCAUUUGAGGCAUUGAAGAAGGAGUUGUUUGGACUAUUGCACGAGGUUUUGAGGAAGCAGUUGUUUGGGAAGUCAGAGGAGGGGGACGUGAGGCCGGUGCUGGGGAAGCUACCCAAGAGGGAGAGUCCGAUGCUGCCACCUGGUGCACCUCAAUAGGAGACUGGCCAACAAGAAGAACUUGGGUGUUUUCUUUUACUUUAGGUCCUAUAUAAUAUAUGGGAUAUAUCGGUCCAGCAUCUCGAAGUCUCUUGGUAGCUGAACAGCUGAAUAUCUCAGUAUGUGUUGAAAAGAUUCUGUGUUCAGGUUUGUUCUCUUAGGCAGAAAGAUUUCUACAACUGGGAUAACAACAUAUGACAGGUGAACAAAUUCAAUGGUUCAGCGAUCCGAAUGUUUGAGCUAAAUGCCGCUUGAACCAGCCAGCAUCGAAGAAUCCUCCAGAAUCAGUGAUAUGAGGUUAUUGCAUGUGACAUACUAUGAGGGUGGAUGAGCUUGAACCCAGAGGCAAAUGCUUUUAAUCACAACUGGAAUCAAUGGGUUGGUAGGAAAAAGUGUUGCCCAACACAUAUCUUCAACUUGCAACACUGCCUCGCAGCAUGAUGCGCUGAUUGGUUGCAUCUCAACGCUCGUAACUGAUGAUAUCAAUUCUUUGAUGCACUCUGCAACACUUGUCAUGCUGCUUACGCAUGGGAUCUGUGGCAAACUUACUUCAAUGUCAACUGCAAUUGUCAUUGAAAUCAAACUAAAACAUGCCGUCACCAAUACUAAUGCUUUUAUUCUAC